UUAAGUCAUUCCAAAUCAACCAAUCUAGUAACGAGAACAGGUGCAAAUAGCAUGGCUAGAAGGCAGUUAUCAUAGGUCAGUUAGCUUAAUGGUAGAAGAGAGUGUUAAAAUGCUACAGAGCUGGGGGUGACAUUUCUUUCAAAGAGUAAACUUCUCCAUAAUAUUUUACAAGAUGAACCUUCUACUUUUCUCUUCAUUUGUCUGUAAGUGCUUGGUUCUUCUUCGGAAGCUAAGGCCACGUUGGGGUGACCCCUCACUUCAUCUGGCGACUAGCACCACUACAAACAAGUCUCUCCUCAUCCUUCUGCUGAAAUGGCCGUCUCUGAGCUUGCUUGCAUCUACUCUGCCCUCAUCCUUCACGACGAUGACGUUACAGUCACGGCCCUGUCCAAUGUCAGCAAUGCAAGUCUCAUCUGCAAUGUAGGAGUUGGUGGACCUGCCCCAGCAGCUGGUGGUGCUGCCCCUGCUGGAGGGGCGGCUCCUGCUAGCACAGCUGACCCAACUAAGAAGAAGAAAGAGGAAGCAAAAAAAGAAGAAUCCAAGGAGUCCGAUGAUGACAUGGGUUUCGGUCUGUUUGACUAA